UCCAGACUCCCUAUAUCCAGUGCGCUGCAAUUUAACUUUAUUGGGCUCAAAUUGCCAGCAUUUUGGCUGCACUUGCACAGAAACUUGGAAGUGUCCAUGCAACAUGGGCGGUCCUUUCUACUGCUCCUCCGUCUGUAGCCUUAGGUUUGUUCAGAGCUGAAGCUGACAGAUCUUCCAAAAGCUCGUUCCUCGUCAGAAAGGAUGCCAAGUCCACACAGCUGUGCUGCUCCAAAACCUUCUGCCAGCCUGCAGAUCAGCUGAAAGUCCCACAUGAUAAUGCCAGUGCUGCGAUGAAGACCCUCGGCUUGAAGAGGAGCCUCUUCAACCAGUGGCGCAAUCGCCUGACCUACAGCGUUGUCGCCACAGGCCUGCUGCUUCUCUUCAUAAGCAAUGACUGGGUGAAUGCUGCCGCCUGGGCUCAUGAUGCCAAGGGCGCUUUGAAGGAGACAGUGCAGACUUUCACUAAAUCAAGGAGUCUGUUGAGAAAUGGGAAGAUGCCUUUCCUUGAAGGGAGUAACAACGAAAAGUUUCACUUUGCACCACCAUCCAGCCUGGAAGAUUGGGACUGCCCCCCAAUCCCUGCAUUCUCCCGGCGAGUGGGCCUUAAUCCAGAAAAGUACCUGUUGUUGGGCCAGAUCAAUGAACAGCUGACCAAGUCGACGCGCCACCUCGCGGAGUUUAUCGUGCUCGCGCGCAGCCUGAACCGCACUUUGGUUCUCCCUGAGGUCGGGGAAAGCGAGAUCGGGAUGCAACGAAGCAAGCCCUUCUGUACAUACUUUGACGUGCACCGCUUGGGACAGUUCGUGGACUGGGUAAGUCCCGAGCAAUUCAUCUACGACACUCGGAGCAGGCUCAACAGCGGUCUCGACAUGAGCACCGUCAGAAAGUUUUGGGCAGACGCGCGCAGCAAGGCCGUCCGCUUUGCGUUCGAUGUCGAAUGGCAACGGCCCGAGACACUUCCGUUAGGAGAGUACGACUGGCUAGAAGACGGCGUUUUAGAAUCGGACCAGUUGCUGGGCCAGAACAAGCCCUCGGGGGGCGUACUCGUUCUCAAAGGGCCGGAGGACUUCUGCGGGCUGCGAGUGAAGCCGUUUCUCUGGUUUCGCAUGCAACAGCUGUUAGACUCAGAAACGGUGAUCUGUAUAAACGAGCCGAAGUUUGGGGCGCCGGGGGCGCUCGACCGGUCGCUUGAGAGAGUCGUGGAGACUGCGGAAAGGUACCUCGGAGAGCUUGAUGUGGUGGUCGGGGUUAAGAACCGGGCGUACAAUCUGUUCUUCCCGAAGGAGGCGGUGAAAGAGGCGCUGCAGUAUGUGCGACCGGCGCCCCAGAUCCUGAAAAAUGCGGGGCGGUUGAAAGAGUGGCUGGGGGAGCGGUAUGUGGCGGUACAGUGGCGAAUAGAAAAGUGCCUCAUGAGGGACGACUGCGACGAGGGGGUCCUCCGCAAGUGCAGCCAAGGGCUUUUAUCCACAGUGCACAAGCGGCUGGCCGCCCUGGGGGCGACACGUGUCUUCUUUGCGUCGGAUGCGCCGACGAAGAACGGCACGCUCCGCUCGCACUCGUACAUGAUGCUGAAAGACCCGGAAAAGAAAAUGAGAAUGGCUAGCGAUGCCGCAGCUCAUGUUCUCUCGGAUCUUGAAGCGGCAACUUGGGAGAUGUUUGACCAGACUGUUCUGAAUAUUGAUGCUGGUAUCCAGGGGAUACUAGAUAAAAACAUAUGCAUGGAUGCGGAGGCGUUUAUUGUGGCGCCGGAUGAGUGCAUCAGAGAGUCAAGCGCGUUUGCGACUAGCAUCGUCAAAGCUAGGGAAGAAAUGGGAAAGGUACCUGGGAUGGAGACGUGGGCCCUUGCACAUUAGAAAGAAGAGGUCUCGUCCAUAUGAGUUGACUCAAUUACCCCGACUGUACUAAUUGUACAUGACCGUUACUGUCACUAGCCUAGACCGAAGUCCAUGACAUAUUGACUGCUGGAGACUGCAAAUCGGUUCGGAGGUCGACAAGUUGACACCGCGUACGAG